UUUUUAGGAGGAAGAGAGAGUAUUAAUUGUAGAAGCUAAGGAAGGGAGUAAAAUAUAACGUACAAACAUCCAUUUAUUUCACACGCACUCCUCCGUCCAUAUAUAUUUCUUGGCCGGGCAUGUUCACAUCUUCAAUCAAUCAUCAUCAUCUUCCUAUAAAUAAAUAAAUUAAAAUCAUAACAAAUACAGAACAAUUAAGCUGUGGCAUUAUAGCAAUAUAAUUAAUUAAGGCACUGAUCACAAUAAUGAAGAACUCUCAUCAUCAUCAUCAUCAUCAUCAUCAUCAUCAUCAUCAUCAAAGCUCAAAAGCAUUAUUAUGGAUAGAGCUGUUGUUGAUCACUCAUUGUUUCUCGCUCCUCUCCAUUACCCAAGCUUACGAUUUCUUCUACUUCGUUCAACAGUGGCCAGGAUCUUAUUGUGACACCAAAAAGAGUUGUUGUUAUCCAACCACAGGGAAGCCAAAAUCAGACUUUGGCAUCCAUGGACUAUGGCCUAAUAACAAUGAUGGAUCUUACCCUUCCAACUGCGAUUCUACCAAUCCUUACGAUGAAUCCAAGAUCUCAGACCUAAUGAGCAGAAUGCACGAAGAGUGGGCGACGUUGUCUUGUCCAAGUAAUAGCGGAUCGUCAUUCUGGUCACACGAAUGGGAUAAACACGGUACGUGUUCAGAGUCCGUUCUCAACGAGCACGCUUACUUUCAAACCGCUUUGAACCUCAAGAAUCAAAUUGACUUGCUCCAGGCUCUUCAGAGUGCAGGGAUAGAGCCGGAUGGAAGUUUUUACAGUUUGACUGACAUAAAGAGAGCAAUUGAAAAUGCCAUUGGAAAUGAAGCUUGGAUAGAAUGCAACCGUGACGAAGAUGGAAACAGCCAAUUAUACCAAGUUUACAUUUGUGUCGAUUCCUCAGCUUCUGAACUCAUCACAUGCCCAGUUUUCCCUAGAGGAAGUUGUGCUUCCAACAUUAAAUUCCCAUCAUUCUAGUGACGAAUAAUUUUUAAUGUUUAAUUUGCUUAUUACAAGCUUGGGAUGUCAUGAUCCCCUAUUAGGGUUUAUGUUUUCAUAGACGAAGUAACAAAUAAAAAGAAAUUGUAAUAAAAAAAACAUAUUUACAUAUUUAUAAGUGAUAGAUGUUUGAUGGUUCAAUGAAGCCUUAUUGUUCUU